AUGGUCGUUGGCAUAGCAUUUUCAACCAAAGCUGCGUUCACCAUUGGCGCUCUCAUCGGUGGCACCGUGGCCAUCUUGGCCAACAGAGACAAGCUCUUGGAGCUUUCAGCAGAGUUGCUCCAGAAAGGGGCCGACCUCUGCAACGAACAGAUUGAAAAAAAUAGAAUUAAAAUGGCCGCCAGUCUUGAUGACGGCGAGCUAGCUAUAUUUUCGCAAGAAGAAGAACUAGCACAGAACUCGUCGUCGUCCAUGUCGUCUAGAAAGCUAUCUCGCCGAAACUCUGAGUCGCUUGUGUCGUCUCCAGAAAGCGUGCACCCAAUAAGUGACACCGAUGACGUUCUAACCGAGGAAGAAAGUGACAUGGACGGGUGGCAGCUGGCCCACUUGUCGGAGUCAGAUUUUUCAGAAAGCUACGAGGAGAUUGACUCUGAGCCGGUCUCAAGAGCCAGGUCCAGCGGGUGCAUGUCGGUUAGGUCUUUGGAUUAG